GCCCCACAUUAGUCCGAAAUUAAAUCAAACACAGCAAACGUUUUGAAUAAUGACCAAAAGCAAAAAACAAUUACGUGAAUUGCACAGCGCCAAGGAAGCCGCUCAGGCCACCAACGACCGGCUAGACACUUGCAACGAUGCCUACACAAGCGGCGCCUUCAAGUACCUGCGACUCCUUGUGCACGCGCUGGCAGCGGCACAAUUCUCGUAUGGCAUUUACUAUCACUACUUCCGUGUGCACUGGCCCAAGGACCUGCAGGACGAGGAGGAGCUGAAGGCACGCUGGGGCGGCAAGUUCAAGUAUCUGACAUUCCUGGACGUCAUAUUGCAGGCCCUCUACCACAGUCUGGCCUUGCUCAACGAUCUUUUUGGCGACAAUACCGUCAACGUGGCCACAAAGUCCAAGCUGCGGUCGGUCCGCGAUUAUGUGUUCUCGGCCCUGGCCUUUCCCGUGGCCCACAAUGUUUGCAUCUCGUUCUGGGUCAUUUAUAUGUGGGAUCGCGAGCUCAUCUUUCCCUCAGCGUUGGACGCCAUAUUUCCAAGCUGGCUAAACCAUGUGGUACAUACGAAUGUGGCCCUGCUGGCGGUAAUGGACAUGUUUACGUGCUUCCGUCGCUACCCCAGCCGCCUGGCCGGCGUCACGGGCAACAUUUCGUUCAUUCUGCUGUACAUUAUUUGGCUGCACAUCGUGCGCUACUUCAGCGGUGAGUGGGUUUAUCCCAUUUUGGAGGUGUUACCCAUGCCGCUGCGCUACCUGUUCCUGGCCCUUUUGGUGGGCUUCAAUCUCGUUUGCUACUUGCUGGGCGAGUACUGCAACAGCGUGGUCUGGGCACAGGAGUUUAAGCUGCUGCAGCGGCAGCAGAAGAUCAAACAGGGCUAGGACUUGAAAUGGAUUUAAAAUCGUUUUAUUAGUCACACACAAAAAAACAUAUGAGAUAUUUUGUAAACGUUGUAAAGGCACUUUUUUGUAAUACUCGUAAA